AUGCUCGAGAAAAUCCACGAAUGCAUCCAGAAACAUGUCGACUGUCAAAACGAGAUGAACCCUGUCCUACCAACACGUCUCCUAGACAUUGGAACAGAAAAAGAGCCGAAAGUCAGACUGCAUGAGACGGUAGGAGAGCGAGGAAAAUACGCAGCCCUCACCUAUAGAUGGGGCAAGAACAUCCUGGUCACAACCACGAAGAGCAUACUCGCGGCAAGGAAAACGGCUAUCGCGUGGUUAGACCUUUCACCCACAUUCCAAGACGCCAUAAAGUUCAGCCGGAUGCUAGACCUGCGUUACUUGUGGAUCGAUUCUCUUUGCAUCAUUCAAGGUGAUGCGGAUGACUAG